GAAAGAGAGCAAGAAUGUAUGUGAAGAAAGACUUGUUAUACUUGUUUCGACAUUAUUGAGAAAGGUGUGACAGAGGAAGGGCUGGCUGCAAGCUGACGAUACUACCAGAGCCUGGCUGCUGGCAUGUGAAAGAAGGGACAAUGCAUGCCGGACAAUCAGAUGAAAAGCAGCCGAUGAGCCCCCCUCCUGUGGCACCUCGCAAUCCAGCAGCCUUCAGGAUGUUUCGGCUAGGGUCCAGCGGCCCCCCACCCUCCCCUGGAUACAGAGUAAAUGGAUUUGGGCGUGAGACCAGCUUCAUGUCCACCACCCAGGCAGAGAGGGAAGUGAAAAUCCUGAACCACUGCAUUGACGACAUUGAGCGCUUCAUGGGAAAGCUGCAGCAAGUGGCAGAGGCUUCUAGUGUGCAGAGGAGGAGGAAGUCCAAGAAGAAGGGCCAAGCAGAUGACCUGAUAUCACGGAAAGCCAUCCCCCCAAAGGAGGAAGAGUUUAUUGACAUCUUCCAGAAAAUCAAAUACAGCUUCUGUUUAUUGGCGCGUCUCAAGUCCUCCAUCUCGAACCCCAGUGCUGAAGAGCUACUGCAUCACGUCUUCGUACCUUUGGACCUGAUGGUGAACACCACUCAGGGACCGGCUUUGGGAGCAGGAGUGGCCAGUCCCGCCCUAACAGGGGGUGCAAUAGCUCUGCUGGAGAAGCAUCUGACAGACAGGGAGCGGCAGCUAUGGGUGGCCCUGGGACCCAAAUGGACACUUCCCCGGUCGCAGCUUGGUGAGGCCGUCUCCUCCUAUACCCCGCUCUUCCUGGAUGGAUGGACCCCUGAGCCCUUUGACCCGGAAGGACAACCUUGGGAUGACCCAAUUGAACUGCAACACAAACAAGAGAAUCUGAAGGACAGGAUCAAACAUUCCUCCAGUGUGCUCAUGGGGCUGCCCCCCUCCCCAGGCAAAGUCAACAGAGACACUGAAACCCCCAUCCCAGAAGGAGAGACGUAUAUUUGCAGCUAUGACUUUGUGGCUCGGAACAGCAAUGAGCUGUCUGUAUUACAUGGAGAGAAACUGGAGGUAAUUGAGUCAUCAAAGCGCUGGUGGAAAUGCCGUAAUGGCUAUGGUCAGAUCGGCUUCGUUCCCUUUAACAUCCUGGAGCCUGCCUCGGCUUUGGAGGACACGCACAAGGAGGAGCCUGCGGUCAGCCCGAAGUCCAAGAAUGCUCCUCAUUCCCAGGCAUCGAACAGGCGCCUCUCCUACAUCCCCAGCAGCCACUCUGAAUCACCCGAUGUGCAGCCCCGCUCCCCCGGCCCCUACAGCCAACCUUUAGAGACUGACAAAGUGUUGGUAAUGAAUGCUGAGCUCCUGGAGAAGCUGGCCAGAAGGCGGACCCUUCAAGCACUGGCCACCCCCAACACUCAGGACACACGGCAGGCCCCAGGGCUGGAGGAAAUGAAGGAGAAGCAGAAAGUGAAAGAGAUAACAGCAGAGACCUUCUGAUGCUGCACACUGGAAUGCCAAGACACUGACAGGCAGAAUAUGCCACUGCCAUGCUGGCCGUCAGAAAAUGACAUUGAUAUACUGGCUGACAGAAAAUGACACUGACACAAUGGCCAUCAGAAAGGGACACUGACAUACUGGCCGACAGAAAAAGACACUGGCAUACUGGCCGGGAGAACAGGAAACUGACACGCUAGCCAUCAGAAAAGGACACUGACACACUGGUAGGCAGAACAGGAAAUUGACACGCUAGCCAUCAGAAAAAGACACUGACAUACUGGGAGGCAGAAAAAGAGCACUGACACAUCGGCCAUCAGAAAAGGACACUGACGCACUGGCAGGCAGAUAAGAACAUGGACACACUGACAGGCAGAAAAGAACACUGACACACUGGCAGGCAGAAAAAGAGCACUGACACAUCGGCCAUCAGUGAAUGACACAGACACUCUGGCAGGCAGAAGAGGACAUUGACACACUGAUAACACAGAAAAGGACACUGGCACCCUGAUAACAGAAAAAUAUACUGAGAUUCAGCCCCUGUGGCAUUCUGAUUCCAGCAUUAACAAACACAAACAUUGAUGCAUGAAGACUAACACAUGAAGACUAAUAUACAAAUACUAACAUUCUAACUGCUACAGCAAAUUGCAUAAUGAUUAUUGGCUUCAGUAUCAACACAUACACUAAUCAUUCAAGUUAUACUCACCUGAGUAGUAAUUAUUUAGUACCUGGAUUAAAUCUGACGUGAUAUUUUUCAAGUAAUAUAAAUUAAUUAAAUUUCAAGUAUUUCAUUAUGUUCUGAUUGCAUGCUUAUCUUCUGAAUGAAUAUUUAAAUUUUAUUGGACAGAAUGGUAUGUUGUCUCUGUUUUGAUGAUUAGACGCUACAUACUACUGAUAGAAUGACUGUUUAAUUAUUAGACUGGAUCUUAAGUCUCCUAAUUGCUGAUGCAGAGGUGUUUUUAGGAAGAUGGUUACUGAUCCCGUCUCCCUUUAAAGCCAGCGUUAUAUUAAUUGACUAUGGUGACAUCCAGUGUUUGGUAUUUCAGGUCCAAGCAAUCCAACAAAUCCAGACCAAAGAUUUUGUUUCCACCAACUAGCUGAGCAUAAAGAGUCAUAGUCACAGAGUACUCAGCUGGUUGGUAGAAACAUAAUCUUGGUUUAGAUUUGUAUUUCUGGACCUUAAAUUCCCACCACUGGUGACAUAUCUCUAAACGCAAGAGCAUAAGUUGAGCUACUGUCUACCAGUAAGGAAUGUGUGUGUCAUGGUUCUAUAAUAGACACUUCUCAUUCUAAAGCAAGAAUUCACCAACACACACAAAAAGAUAGACAAUGUCACUGUCAUGACCUGUCCUUGUCAUGUUCCUGUUUGGCCAGCAGGGGUCUCUGCUGGCCAUCCUGUUUGCUUCCCUUUGUCUCCUACUUGGUCACACCUGUUCCUCAUCAUUAUCAUAUAUCAUUACCCACCUGUGUGAUGGUCCUUAGUUCAGUCAUUGUUAAUUUGCUCACGAGUCCCUCUGGUGAUCUGUGUUCUACAUCACUCUGUGACUCCACCCACAGUCCCUUUCAUUUAUAUUGCUUUGUUCUUUACUUUGUAAUAAACCUGCUUAGUUUCCCUCCCAAA